GUUUGGAAGCUACAAGCAGCUAACGUUCAUGGCAUGGGAGCCCCCAGAUGGGACUAGAUCCACACUCCUGUGCUCCUUAUGGGGUUGAAGGUAGACUCAUGUUACCUACUACCUAAGUUUUCUGUGGCUGAUAUUAUGGUGUGCGGAUAUGGUCCGGUACCAGGCAUCGUGUACAGACUUUCACUUCUGAUCCAGCCCAAGACACACUAGCAGGAGCAAAGCCAGAUACCGCGCUGUGGAACGGACUCUCGAUCAUCCUGCAGUCUAGGCACUGGGAGUUACUAUGCAGCUUGGACUGUUUCUGGUGGUGGUUUUUCUAAGCUUGAUGGAUCUGACAGGCAGCAGCAAGGUGGUGAAGGGCAAGAGGCAAAGACGAAGCACCCAAAGGACAGGGGAGGACCUGCUGGCUCAGGUCAGUACCGAGGUGAGUCACGGCUGUGCGAAAGGUUGUGACCUGUGCUCUGAGUUCAACGGGUGCCUGAAAUGUUCCCCCAAACUCUUCAUACUGCUGGAGAGGAAUGACAUCCGACAGAUCGGGAUCUGCCUGCCAUCCUGUCCACUGGGGUACUUUGGUGUUCGCAAUCCAGACAUGAACAAGUGCAUCAAAUGCAAAAUUGAGAACUGUGAGGCCUGUUUCAGCCGAAACUUUUGCACAAAAUGUAAGGAAGAUUUGUACUUGCACAAAGGGAGAUGUUAUUCCACCUGCCCAGAAGGCUACUCUGCUGCCAAUGGCACUAUGGAGUGCAGCAGUCCUGCACAAUGUGAACUGAGCGAGUGGGGCCCCUGGGGUCCGUGCACCAAGAAAAGGAAGCUGUGUGGCUUCAAGAAAGGCAAUGAAGAGCGAUCGCGGAAGGUUCUGCAGGCUCCAUCUGGAGAUGUGUCCGUGUGUCCUGCCACCACAGAGCUCCGGAGAUGCACCGUGCAGAAGAACCAGUGCCCUGAAGGAAAAAGGAAGAGAAAGGAAGAGCAAGAAAAGCGAGAUAACACGAAUGGAAACAGAAACCAGAAAGACACCAAAGAUACCAAAUCUGGCACCAAGAAAAGGAAAGGCCAGCAGAGAGGGACUGUGGUCCCCAUGACUCCUGCUAACCCUGCUCAAUAGCUGCCCCUUUACAGUCACACAAUGGCAAGAGUUCAUUGCUGCUAUGUAUAUGAAAGCUUUAUUGAACCGGAGCACUGCUGCACAACAUACGCAAUCAGAAAGAUAGAUGGACAGACACAGAAACUACACACACACAUACAGACUGACAGAGACCACACACAUACGCAACAUAGACUGCAAAACGCAAACUUCAAAGAAGAGGAGUAAGAAAAUAUAAGAGAUGAAGCUUAAAUGCCAAGGACUUUACAGUGGGAAGCUGGGGAGAAAGUGUGAACCAGAGAGGAGGGCAGUGAUGCAGAUAUUCCUGAGUAAAUGUCUCAAAUAGAAGUCAGCCAUGUAAACCCCAGCAUAAUGCAGCUUCAGCCAGAGACUAGAACUGAUUUGCUACUAUUUCAAAUCAAAGGAUCUGGAAUCACGCAAAGGCAGUGGCCUGUUUCUAUUCCCCCUUCCUUUAUUUUGUGUUUUAAGCUGUAAGAGAAUAUAUGUUAAACCUUUGUGAGAAGAGAUCAGAGAUGUCUGCCCUGAAAUGGCUUCAAAAAUUUAUUUCAAAUUAAAAAAAAAAUCCAACAAAAUGACAACUAAAUUUC